AUGGCUUCAAAAACCUCCUCAUUUUCUCCAGCAAGGAGGACAUUGACGGGAUUCACAUAUGCUCUGAGAUCAGCAGCUUUUGAAUGGCUUCUAAUUUUCUUGCUACUUCUGGAUGCAGUGUUUGCCUAUCUCCUGACCCGAUUUUCACGUUAUUGUAGGCUACAAGUACCAUGCCUAUUUUGUUCACGGCUAGAUCACAUAUUAGGCAAUGAAAAACCUGGGUUUUAUAGGGAUCUCAUUUGCACAUCCCACAAGGCUGAAAUGUCAUGCUUGAUUUUCUGCCAUAACCAUGGUAAGCUUGUUGAUGGUCGUGCUAUGUGCGACGAUUGUCUGUUGUCAUACUCAUCAAUGCUUAAAGAAAAAUAUGAGAUGCAAAGGGUUGUGGUGGGUAACCUUGGGUUUGAUUUAGGCUCUAAUGGUCCCCCUAACUUGUUCACAAACAAGGAUCUCCUUCCUGGUUCAGUUGCCACCAAGUUAUGUUCAUGUUGCCGUAAGCCUUGGAGGUCAAGGCAGAGAACAGACAGAAUCUUGAGACUAAAAUCACCUAGAAGUGCUGCCAUCUGCAAGCCAAACAUUCCUUUACCACACCGUUUGACACAACAAGAGAGCUUGAGGAAGAUAAGAGAGAAGUUCUCUGGGUCUUUAACUCCUUGUCGACUCGGGAAUAUGGGAUUUGAUUCUUUAUCCCAUGUGGGCUACACAGAGCUCAAGUUCAAUUCUGACACUGAGUCUGAAUUCCAGUACUCUGAUGAUGAUGAGUACCAUAACUAUGGUCAAGAAGUGGAUGAGCCUCCUACGGAAGAAGAAGAAAAACCUACAACUCGUAGUGAUUCUGAUAAACAUGUUGACAAUGAGAUGGAUCAACAAUCAUGGGUACAAGGUAUACAACCUUAUGUUAAAAAUCAAGGCGAGAGAGAAGUAUUGAAAGUUGAAAAGGGAAAAGGUCCUUCUGCAAGUCCAGAGUUUGUUUUACUUGAGGAUCUUCAUCCAUCAAACAUGGCAGAGGUUCCUCCUAUGAUGAAGCAAGCAAAAAAUGAGCAAAACAAUCCUUCUGUUCUUACUACUGAUUCUUCUGUAUUAACAGAACUCAUGGCUCUUGUUGACUCUCCUUCGGGUUUAGCUGUUCUAAAAGAUCAUUUUGAGGCAUCAAAAGUUAAAGGUUUGAAUGAGAUUGGAAAAAAAGAUGAAUUCAAAAAUAAGGAAAACGUUGUUGUGAAGCCAAUAGUUGAUGAUGAAACAAUAGGCACUCAAGUUGGUCAAGUUGCUUAUAAUGUGCCUUCUACAGAGGUAACUUCUUUGGAACAUAGUGAAACACCAAAGGCUAGGAUCACUAUCCAAGAAAAGGAAGCACCAAAGUUUAUGGUAGAAAACCUUGGAAAGAGUGAAAUUCACGAGGAUUUGAAGCCAUCCUCCUCCUCCAGAGAAAGUUUUGCAUCGUCAAACGUUAAUGUUUCUGACAUUCAUGAUAGUACGAAGGCCCCUGAACUAGUUUUCAAAGAGAAAAUUAAUGAUUCCACCCUAGAGUCCCUUGACACAGUCUUUAAUGUGAUUGAGGGUGAAAAUAUAGAUGACAGGUUAAAAAGACAAAUAGAGCAUGAUAAGAUCCUUAUAAGUACAUUGACCAAGGAAUUAGAUGAAGAGAGAAGUGCAUCUGCAAUUGCUGCAAACCAGGCAAUGGCGAUGAUCACAAGGUUGCAAGAGGAGAAAGCAGCACUACACAUGGAAGCCUUGCAGUACCUACGAAUGAUGGAAGAGCAAGCUGAAUAUGAUGGUGAGGAGCUGGAGAAAACAAAUGAUCUCCUGGCUGAAAGGGAGAAGGAACUGCAAGAUUUAGAGGCAGAGUUAGAGUAUUUCAGGAUAAAAUAUGGAGACGAAGAUAUAGAGGAGAACAUGCCGAAUAUUGUAAUGUCUAGUAUGAGUAGGGAUGAUAACAUGGUAGGAGAGAAUACUACUAGCUCUAGCUAUGCAGAGCAUGAGGUUAGUGAGCACCACUCUGGCCCCAACUCUAGAGAGCUCCCAAAUGGAACUGAGAAAGGAGACAUAUUCACAAAAUCUUCAUGGCCAGACAUUGAAGAUGAGAAGUCAUUCAUUUUCCAGCGGUUGAAGGGCUUAGAGAGGAAGCUGCAGAAAUUGUCUCAUAGUGCUGCUGCAUCACCGUACAUGUCUGACAAUGAGUAUUCUGAAGAAACAACAGAUAGAGGAGGAGUAGGUACAGGGGAAUUUCUUGUAGGUAAUGGAAGCCUCCUUCUACAUGAAGAGCCUGAUAGGAAAUCAGUUAGCAAAGGUAAAACUGUUGUUGGCAGCCAGGUCAUGAAUGGACAAAGAACUUCCAAUCCACUCCAUGAAACUGAUUUGACCACACUUAAGAAUGAGAUUAGUGACCUAAACGAAAGGUUGGAAUCACUUGAAACUGAUUGGAGUUUCCUUGAGCAUACAUUCAACUCCCUUGAGAGUGGAAAGGAAGGGGUGCAGUUUGUUCAAGAAAUAGCGCAUCGACUUCAGGAUUUGCGCAAGAUUGGGAUGCAGAGUAGAAAUCAAUCUGUUCCUUGUUAA